AAAAUCACGCGUCACUGUGGAUCUGUUGGUUCAACCAUGUCUGAAAACGGCAUACAUGAAUAUUUUAACCAAGCUAACGUCAAGUGGGAUAUUAUAGACUUUCUAGAGAAAUGUGAGCUAGAAAGAUUUUGUGACAAAAUAGCUAUGUAUCUUAAAUCCCUUGAAGAAUUAGCUAAUAACAAUGAAGAUAGAGGAAGAAAAAAACGAGCAAAGCAAUUAAUUGCAUUGUAUAGAAAG